AAUUUACCGAAAGAGCUUCUGUCAGAGUAUCAGGAGCUCACAUUUCUCACAAAACAAGAAAUCAACGAGUAAGAAUGAUCAUGACGCACACACGUCUCGUGGCACACAAAAAGUUCUGUCAACUCCAGGCCAGAGAGAACGGGCCGAACGAAAGAGUGUCCAUGCAGAACAUCCUGACACUUCCAGAACUCAAAGUAAGAAAGUCUGAACCCUCGAAUCCAAAGAAGAAAAACAAGAAUCUGUAGUGUUUUGCCUAUGCUUGUGGUUUUGGGGUGAAAUAUAACCUGGUGAUUCUAGACAUGUGUCCUAAUACUCACCUGUUACCUGCAGUUCUGCUUUUGCACCGAGAAUGUCAUUUGAAGGUCUUUACAGAUUGACUAAACCACAUGUGUUUUGUUGCCGUUGAUUCUGAUCGAUGGCAGUCGAACCCCUUCAGGGAGAGAGUAUGUCACGUGUUCUCCACAUCUGACCGGAAGGAUGGCAGUCUGAGUUUUGAAGAUUUUCUGGAUCUCCUGAGUGCUUUUAGUGACUCUGCGACCCUGGAAAUCAAAUCCCACUACGCCUUCCGCAUCUUCGACUUCGAUGACGACGGCACGCUUGAUAGUGAAGACCUGAAGAAGCUGGUGAACUGUCUGACGGGAGAAACGGACGACGCCCGUCUCACCCUAGAGGAAAUGAGACAGCUGAUAGGCAAUGUGAGUCCAUCUCACAGGGGACAGACGGCCAUCAGAUCAGCUUCACUAACACAAACUCGCUUCCUUCUGCAGAUCCUGGAGGAGUCAGACAUCGAUAAAGAUGGAACCGUGAACCUCUCUGAAUUUCAGCAUGUGAUCUCCAGAUCUCCAGACUUUGUCAGUUCCUUCAAGAUUGUGUUGUGAAGCUGCUUUCCGGUCCAGAAUAUUCACCUGUGAUCUUUCAACAAACUCUCGUCUUACUCUAGCACCUUGAUUGUACAUGUAUUCUCUUAUUCAUUCUUUCAUUUGACAUAUUUACAGUUUCUAAUCAGUAUUUUGGAUGAUAUAUUUGUACCUAAUGUAAUAAAGGUUUAUUCUGUA